ACACCUACAUACUCAGCAUGCAGACCUGAGGAGUCUUCCCAAGAGCAAGACCAUGUGCCACCAGGUGAUGAGCUUCCAGCAGAGACCACUGCGGUGGUGACCACGGCGCUUCCACAUGAGGUUGUCUCAGAGAGCACGAAGGAAGUUACUGCAGAAGCACCAUCUGCUGUCAUGACAAUGGAGAUGGAUACUGAGAUCACUAAUGAGAUUGAGCAGGAAGCAGCUGCUUCGCCUUCACAUCCUCUGGUUGAGCAGAGGGUGGAGCUGGCUAUGUUAUUGACUGUAGAACCAUGGAGUGAAGAGCUGUUCAACUCCACCAGCAGUGAGCAUGGCAGACUCACUCACAAGAUCACAGAGAAGAUUUCAGCUGCUUUGAAGAAACUGACAGAAUUCAAGAGUGUAUCGGUAUGGAACAUCAGGCCACAGAUGGAUCCCUCAAGUGGUGAUAAGGCAGUAUUGGUGGAAUAUGCUGUGUCCCUCCAGACCAGCAGUGAAGAGAUCAGCAGUGAGACACUGGACUUCAUUAAUCUUCAAUCCAACAUGGUAGAGGGCACCUUUAGUUACUCAGAAGGGCCCACUGUUCAGUACACCAUUAUUGACAUCCACCCCGACAUCACUGAGGCUCUGCAUGUGGAAACCUUUCCAGAGGAAAGCCAUCCUGCAGAAGAAUCUCUAGACCCUGACCACAAGGAUGAUAUCUUAGCAGUAGAAAAAACAUCUGAGCUGCCUGGAGAGGUGAUGGAGGUCUUUACUAUUGGUGACCUUUUGGAUUCUACAAUGUCAGAAGAAGAAGACCUUCAAGACAAGGACUUGGUGUCACAGUUUCUUCCCAACCUGACUCCUGCUGUGGAUAGUGAAGCUGUAGGUCCCAUUUUUGAUGCCAAGCAAGACAGUGGCUUGACAAUUUAUGAUUUUAAUCCCGCCUCUGGAUCUGGUGCAGAAGACGAUUGGGUAACUGUACUUACUAGGGCUCAAGAGCCAGUUGGAGAGACAGAAGGUGAGGAAGAGGUUUUGAUUGAUGUAGACACGCCACAGAUUGAGGACUGUGAAUUCUCCACAAUUACAACAGUGGUUGAAGAGGACCAGAUCUUGCCUGAGGAAAGUCCUGAACUGAUUACUGUUAAAGCUGGAGAAGAUGGAAAUCUACGGGUUGGUAGCGAAGUGCCCACAAUGCCGCCAGUCAAAGUGGCUGAGGCAGAAUCUACCCUAAAACCCGAGGUUUUACCAGGUACCUCAUCACAUACCCUAAAACCCGACAUUAUACUACCUGCAGAAGAAGAGAGGACAGAGGAAGACAACGAGGAAGAAACUGUGUUAACAGAAAUGCGAAAGGUUGAGGAAACUGAAGUUGCUGUGAUCAUAAAGGAAGAAUCAGAGGAGGUUGAAGAAGAGGAACAGGAAGAAUCUAUUGACAGUACCACAGUGGCACAGGAGGAUGAUUUUGUACUAAUGGAUGUUUCAGCAAUACAGUUUUCAGAGGAAGUUCUAACAGAGUAUGAGAUCCUAUUGGUCACCAUUGAACCAGCAAGCCCAGUCUACCCAACUCCUCUUUCAACUGAGAAAGAAUCACCCUUCUCCCUCAUCACCACUAUUACCCCAGCGGAGGUGGAGUUGGUGCAUACCUUAAAUUCAAAAGUUAUGACUACAUCUCUAGAUGUGAUUCAUUACAAAGAGGAAGAGGGUAGUGGCAUCUCUGGUGUCAUCCAGGGUGAUGAAGUUUCCAGCAUAGCCUUGCCAACAAACCCUGGGCGGUCUUUGAUAGUGUUUUUCAGUCUUCGUGUAACUAACAUGAUAUUCUCUGAGGAUCUGUUUAAUAAGAGCUCUGCAGAGUACAAAGCCUUGGAGCAACGGUUCCUUGAACUGCUGGUGCCAUAUCUGCAGUCAAACCUCAGUCACUUCGAGAACCUGGAGAUCUUGAACUUCAGGAAUGGAAGUAUUGUGGUGAACAGCCGUAUGAAGUUUUGGAAGCCUGUUCCUCGUGGAGUCAAUACUGCUGUUUUCCUCAUUCUAGAGGAUUUCUGCAACACAGCUUACCAGACCAUGAACCUCGCCAUUGACAAAUAUUCGUUGGAUGUCGAAUCAGGGGAACAGGCAGAUCCGUGCAAGUUUCAAGCAUGUAAUGAGUUUGCUGAAUGUACAGUAAACCAAUGGUCAGGUGAAGCUGAAUGUGUGUGUAAUGCUGGUUACUUCAGCAUGGACGGACUACCCUGCCAAAGCAUCUGUGACCUUCAACAUGACUUCUGCUUGAAUGAUGGGAAAUGUGAUGUCAUUCCCGGCCAAGGAGCCAUCUGCAGAUGCCGUGUUGGGGAAAACUGGUGGUACAGAGGAGAACAUUGUGAAGAAUAUGUUUCUGAGCCACUCGUAGUUGGCAUUGCCAUAGCAUCUGUUGCCGGGUUCCUUCUGGUGGCGUCAGGAGUAAUUUUCUUCCUAGCAAGAACUCUGAGAGACCAAUAUGACAAGGAUGAGACGGAGGACCCAGUACGGAGAGAGGACAGUCCACCAUUUCUAGACAUGGCCACUAAGUAUAACCCCAUGUUUGAGAGCGAUUUAACUACAGGCUACAGCCAUUACUACCAGCGGUACCCCGAGCCCCCAGUCCACAGCAGCGCCAGUGCUGAGGCAUCCACAGAGUUCAGCAGUGAAGAGAUACGGCAUAUUUAUGAAACCAGUGAACUCACUAAGGAGGAUAUUCAAGAUCGCAUCCGCAUCCUUGAACUCUACACAAGAGAUCGCCAGUUUGCAGAUUUUUUGAAGCAGCAUCAAAUAGCAAUGGAUAAUCAAAGAGAAAGUUCCUCCAAAUAGUCAGUAGCAGUCCAAUGUCCAAUAGCCUGCUGAGUGCAAAACAAUGAAGAAACUUGGGUUGUCUUUCAGGAAAUGGCAUCUUAGUGAUUCCAGAGCAAUUUCUCUUCAGCCUCUCUGAGACUUUGCCAUCGCAAAUUAAAAUGGCUACCUUCUUAAAACUAAUAAC